AGGUUCCUUGCAUGUGCGAGAUGCGCUCGUUGAUCCUGCUCAUGGCUGUCUGCAGCCUUCAAGCUGCCGCAGCGUUUCAGCUUCCUUCACGUUUGAGUCUCCGUACGCAGCGGCAAGCGUCGAAGCAGAACAUCUGCAUGACAUCUCGCCGUCCCUUCAUCGCGGGCAACUGGAAAAUGAACCCUGAGAGCAUCGAGGAGGCGGCCAAGUUGGCUGCAGGCGUUGUGGAGGGAAGCAAAGGAAGCAAGCCCCAGGUCGCCAUCUUCGUUCCCCACGCCUAUCUCUACACGGUCGGGGACACGGUCAAAGGGUCGGACGUGGAGCUCGGAGCUCAGAGCGUCUACUACGAGGAGAAGGGCGCGUUCACUGGCGCCGUUUCCGUCGCGAUGGUGAAGUCCAUGGGAUGCAAGCACGUGCUGUGCGGACAUAGCGAGCGGCGAACGAUCUUCAAGAACAGCGACGAAGACGUGAAUCGCAAGGUCAAGAAGGUUCUUGCGGAGGGUCUUGACCCCUUGCUGUGCAUCGGAGAGUCGAAGACGGAGUACCUCGGGAAACUCAACAAGGCGAUCUGUGCUGCCCAGCUGAGCAAGGGACUUGCUGGUGUGGCGAAAGAGGACAUGAAACGCGUCACUAUCGCUUACGAGCCCGUCUGGGCCAUCGGGACUGGAUUGACCUGCGAUCCCGAGACGGCACAGG